UUGGUGAUCAACAACGAUACAACAUUGGGAUUAUAGCAAUUUUCAUAGACCAACAGGAAAAAAGUGAAGCGAAAAGAGGACAAAUGUGCAGGAACUAACCAGCUUCUACGGGUUGACUGGAGGAUUGAAGGAAGAGGGGAGAGAAAGCGGGCAGAACGGAUAAACUAAACACAAUUUGAGGAGAUCAAUUUGAACAAGUGAAUGGACUCUGACUGCUGCCAGGCCCCAGACCUGCCAGACCAGCGCUGUUGGUGCACACAAUUUUCUCAGCGUCAGCCAGUUGACCGGUGAAGUCAGUACCGUAGGGAAGAUUGGCGAUGAUCCGCUUUCGGCUUUGCCAGAAGUGUCAGGGCCAUCGCCGUUAGAGCUCAUUGUGUUUGCAGUGGCACAGAGAGUGAGAGAGAGUGGGCAGUGUGUAGUAAUCUAAGGAUGACACCCGCACUUUACUCCAUCAGAUAGUGCUCAGUGAGGUGUAUGGUGCAGCUCGUCACGCUUUGUGUCUGCACUGCAAACACACAUACUUACACAUACAAACACGCGAGAGCUACACACUCCCAGGGACUGACGAUGCAUUAGGUCCUGACAAUCAGCGGAACUCUGUCCGGGCUUUAAACACAGCAGGCUUUCAGAUCAGUGUGUAUGAGUAAGUGUGUAUCUGGUGGGCAUCCAGGCACUGACUGCACCCAGUAGAGCAUGUUGGAAAGAAAGACUUAGGCAGGUCGAUGCUGCACGAUUAUACUGUCUGAUAGCCUGUGAUUAUUCUGAGGAGUCUAAAAUUACCACGUAAAAUCACUGUCCAUUUACGCUACAGUGUAUACAUGAUAGCGUAUCAAAAGAGUUCUAGCAUUCAAGCGAAUAAUAGAUACCUUGUGAGAAUAAUGUGCAAGUCUCUUGGGUAAAAUAGCAGACCAAAAACUGUAAUAUCUGAAACUAAAGCGUCUUGCUGCAGUUUGCUCAGUCUCCUGCAAGUUGGUUAUUCUACACAGGGCAAGCACUUCCACUCUCUGUCUUUAUAGAGCGGCACUCAAGCUCAAUGGAUUUUAUUUAACCUUAGCUAUCUCCAGAUGAGUUGCAAGAUAGUGUCUCCAUCUCCCCAGAGGCCUGGUCGGUUCGGUUAUAGCUCAAAGGAACAUUGACUUCUGCCUGCUUAUUUGUCGGGUGAGAAGUGCGGGAAACCUUGUUUGACUCAUUAAAAUACAAUCUGUUCAUGAGCAUUGUUGCCCUAGAUUUCGCUGUCCUCGAGGGCAUGGCAAUGUAGGUAGCUCUAUUUCAAAAGUUUGCAUUCAGUCAACAUCAGAGAUAAACUUGACUUGCUUUGGAAGACAGUCUCUCUGCCUGUAUCUGAAUGAAAUAUAGUUUUAUUGAUGUUUGCUGUUCCUUGGAGCAGUGCGGUUUGACCUGCAAGAGACAAGCAGUCUGUUGUGGUUAAUUGUGUGGCUGAUUGUUAAGGCGCCUGGUGCUCAGAACUAGCUUAGCUCUGAGUUUGACAGUGCAGUGUACAGUCGAUGAGGUGCUAAUUAAGUUGUCCCUUGUUUGGUUAAUUGCAUAGCUGCCAUUCGUAAAUACCCUUACUGGUAAAGAAGACAGUAUUGCAGGUUUGCUUUGGUCACUUUUGGUAUUGGUUUUUCUGGUUUAUUGAUCUGAGAGUCUUGGGCUUUGGUCUCAUGAGGCUCAGAGCACUGUAGCAGAAAAUAGCUAGCCUAGCAGUGUUUGCUUUGUUGUUGGUUUGCUUAGAUGGGACUGAGCUCCUGUACUGCUUUGUAGCAGCAAAGCUUCUGCACUGUAUGGAUUUAAUACGCAUGUCAUAAGUUCUUUCUAAGCAACACAAGGUGCUAAAGUCAACAGUGGAACUUUUUGUUGCCCCUAAGCUCAUCUCUGUGUGCAUUGUGAUAUAGUGUCUAAAUCGCUAGCUCUGUUAGCGCCCUGAGCUCUGGCCAAACUUCUGUGUAUUGCGUGCAAGCCCGGGACACAAUUCAGUUCUAUGUGACUUAGCAGUUAAGCAGUUUCUUUGCAUGUGUUGUGAUACAGUGUAGCACAUAAGAGUCCUUUCUUUAAGUGUUGUCCUCAAACAACAACUUCUGUCUGAUUGCACUGAAGUAAAGCUGGGGAGUUAGUGUGUGCACGUGUCUGCAGCAUUGCAGUUGUGUGUGUGUGUGUGUGUGUGUGUGUGUGUGUGUGUGUGUGUGUUUGUGCACUAGUUUGUCUGUAGCAGUGCAGACAGGGUCACAGAGGAGCCAUUGAUCAAACGUACACAUCCACACGCACACACAUUCACACAUAUACACACACAGCUCCUCAAUACACAAUGAGGCCUGUCCGGAGCUCUGUCCUCUGCCGCCUCCUCCCUGCCCCCUUCUCUCUGGCCCUGCGCAGCCUGGUCCUGGUCCUGCUCUGUAUCACUCCCCGUUGUCAGGCGGUGCAGGCGGAAAAUGUGACAGUCUUGGAGGGAGGUACAGCCCAGAUCUCCUGCCGCCUGCAGAACUACGAUGGAUCAAUCGUGGUCAUCCAGAAUCCCCGCCGACAGACCCUCUUCUUCAAUGGCACGCGAGCUCUGAAGGACGACCGUUUCCAGAUGGUGCUCUUCACGCCACGGCUGGUGCGCAUCACGUUGACCAACGUCAGCGUGUCGGAUGAGGGCGGCUACUUCUGCCAGCUCUACACGGACGCCACGCACCACCAGGUGGCGACGCUGUCUGUUUCGGUGCCCCCGGAGACGCCCACGGUGGAGGUGAAGCAGGAGGCCGUGGAGGGCGGCGAAGUGGAGCUCACCUGUGUGUCGCCGCGCAGCAAGCCGGCCGCAACCCUGCGCUGGAUCCGCAAUGGCCGGGAGAUACCAGGUGUGGUAUCCCAGCAGGACAAUGGGAAGACUUUCAGUGUGUCCAGCACCAUCCGGAUCCCGGUAGAAAGAAAAGACAAUGGGGCGGCGCUGAGCUGCGAGGCCUCCCACCAAGCACUGGGUGGGCAGAAGAGGAUUCGACACUACCGCCUGGAUGUGUAUUUUGCACCCACAGUGAGAAUUGUUCCUCCUUCUGGAAUUUUGCGAGAGGGCGACUCACUCAGCCUCACCUGCUCCGUCAGUGGGAACCCUCUGCCCAGGAGUAUUCUGUGGUCCAAGAUUAAUGACACCUUACCUGAGAGGGCUGAGAUUUCUGGCCCUACCUUUCAGAUUUCCCGUCUCAGCCAAUCACACAACGGGACGUACUUGUGCCAGGCCCAGAAUAACUACGGACGUGCUGCCGAUCAUUACACCUUAUUGGUGUAUGAUAAUGUGUCAGUCACUACCACGGUCCUUCCCACUCCUACCACCCAACCAAUCACCUCCCAUCCCACCACCCCAACCCUCCUAACACCCAGCUUCGCCCCGGACCCAAAAGAUCCUGGUGCAGUGGUAGAGACUCACAGUGCAGUACCAUAUGCAGUGAUAGGUGGCGUUCUGGCACUGCUGGUUUUCACCGUCAUCUGUGUCCUCAUUGUUACCAUCUGGUGCUCCGUCCGACAGAAAGGCUCGUACCGUACCCGAGAGCCUAUUCUUGCUUGGUAUUGACCUAACAAUCAGUUAACUAAUGAAUUAAUCAGUCACAGGUUCCUAUCUUACCCAUGAGGCCAGUGGGUUGGAUGAACAUGGUGAGGUGCAGGAGGCAUUCCUCAAUGGGAACGACGCCAGCCAGGGCAAGAAGGAGUACCUACUGUAGCCCUUCUCCUUCCCUAUCCCCUUCUCUUCUGACCUCAUCCCUCUAUCUCCUCCUCUCCCUGUCUCCCACCUUAUAUACAGUAUAUACACACACACACACACACACACACACAUACACUUCUAUACAAUGCGCCAUAACAGGCGGCCUUCUGAAAACGACUGUAUACAGAUACUGCACACAGCCAAUUCAUCCCACUCCAUUCCACUCCAUAUCCUCCAUACACAUACACAAAAUACCCCGAGACAGACUGAGAAAAAGAGAGCCUAUAGACCCACCAGCCAUUAACGACUGUGCCAUAUACUGUAAGUCGGAGAAACUGGGGUAAAUGGAGAGAGUGAGAAAGGGGGAGGAGAGGGUGAGGUGAAUGUAGACAAAAAACGAAAUAAUGCCAUAAUUAUUUUGAUGGAGAGGGAAGCAGGGAGCACAAAGAAAACAGGCACUCUGCCCGUGCAGCCGCCAAAGUGGAAGGGGAAUUAGAGGCAGAUGACUGCUAUAAUUCCUUGCCUGGAGAAAACCAUCCAUUUCACAAAGCUCAAUCUUUAACUGGCGGAGACAGUGGGAGCAGUGUGUGAGAAGGGAGGGGGUACUGAGGAUGGGAGGGGGGGAAGUUGACCAGGAGCUAUUGAGCGCUAGAUGCUAGAAAAUUGAAAUUUUUUAAAAUUGCCAAAGCAUCUUGUCUACUGAGCGAAACUCAUAUAUAAUUCUUUAACAACACUGGAGUGUUUAAGCCCAGAGUCCCAGCAAGUAUCCAGACUUUAUGAACAAGCUAACUGUCCUGCUUUGCUGUCCCUGUUGGGUGGUCUGCCAAUAAUUUGUAAAAGAAAAUAAGCUUUUAGUGAUUUUUUUUUUCCCCCUCUCGCUGGAACUUUGAGGGAAAAGGUGGCUCUCUUUUCUUUUCAUUUACUCUCCAUCUCCUCCUUCCUCUCCGUUCACCUGUUACCAUCCUCUCCCCUCUCCCUUAUAUCUCUCUUUCUCUCUGUCUGUCCCCCUCUAUCGCUCCUCCUUUGUUGGCUCCUAAUAAUGAAAGGAUUAGUGUUGGGCUGCGUUCCCGACAAGAAGAAAUGAAUAUGACUUGCUAAGGCAUUAAAGAAAAGCUUAAUUAUUUUAGAAUGUCAUUAAGAGGAUAAAAAGGUUUAAAAGUCUUAAUAAGAAGGGCAAGAGGAGUGAUAGCAAAAGGAGUGAAUGAGAAAAUAAAAUGGAUGGAUAUUUUUUCUGAAUGCUACCACACAUAUGCAGAUACAUGCACACAUUCAUACGUACAGUAAACAUGUUGACAGAACAAGUAUACAUAUCUCUGAAUUCCUUAUUUGUAUAAAAAAACAACAGCAACAUAAAUUAAAGGAAACUUUUAAGAAAUAAGAAAACAGUUUACUAUUGAAACGCAUUAUGAAGCAACUAUACUAACACAGAAUAUUAGCCUAUAGAGGUGCAAAGCCGAACAAACUACUGUCCAGUGAUCUUUAAAGAAAAAAAAAAAGAAUAAAAAAAAAAAUCAUUUGUCUUUAUGAGAAACCAGAGGUCUUAUUGAUUUUUUAUUAAUUAUUAUUAUUAUUUGAACAAUUAUGAUUGUUGUUAAUGUUAUUAUUAUUGCUGUUGUUAUUAUUAUAAUUGUAAAUGUUAAAGAAAUGUACACUUCCCAUGGUUUGUUUUUGGUUCUACUGUAGAGAAAUUGCUGUCUUUUUUCACUCUUACCUUUCCUCUCUAUCCCGGUCUUUCUCUCUUUGUCUCCUGUGCCUAGUCGUCUCUUCUCCUGUCUUUCACUCUUGUUUAUUUUAGAGUCCAUGUGUCAUUGUUGAUAUAUAGCUAACUAUUUCUUUAUAGGGGAAAGAUACAAAGCACGACAAAAUAAAAAAGAAUCCAAAAAUA